UUUAGCUGAAGUUUCAAUUCAUUGUAGUUACCACAGACGACGUAUAUAGUGAUGUAGAUGCCAAAGCGUUUUCCACGUAACAAAAGUUGUGAUGCUGCCUAGACCUGCGCGCACUUCAUGAUAGGCUAUGGAUGAGUGUUGUUGAGCAUGAAGAUAUAUGAUAUUGACAGCAUCUUUAGGUCAUAUGCAUAUUUGAGUAGGCUGCGCCGGUCGGCGAGGUGGCAAGCAAAGGACAUACUGAAGUUGCAUUUUGGAUGCGUGGAUGCAGAUGCGCAUGGAUUUCAGGUGUUGUAUUGCCUAUUUCCAACUCCUUGGAAUAUCCGUCAAUGAUUUAACACAAUUUAAAGCUGAUAAAUAAGAUCAUGGGGGGAGAUCAACUCGAUGCCAACGCGAGCUGGAAUUACAUGCACAACGACUCAACCAAAAUGUGGAGCGACAACGCAUUCACAGCGCCUGUCAUGGUCAUUCUUUUGAUGAUGAUGGUAACUUUGGUUGUUGUGAUAGUUUUGGGAAACGCUUUGGUCAUUUUCGCCUUUAAAGUAGACAAGAGUCUGAGGUCUCAAAGCAACUAUUACUUCCUGAAUCUCGCCAUAUCGGAUUUUCUUGUUGGGGCAUUCUGCAUUCCAGUGUACAUCCCAUACAUCCUGACAGGGAGAUGGAUGUUGGGCAGAGGACUGUGCAAACUGUGGCUGGUCAUGGACUACUUGCUCUGCACUGCCUCUGUCUUCAACAUUGUCCUGAUCAGCUAUGACCGCUUCCUCUCUGUCACCAGAGCGGUGAGCUACCGUGCCAGACAGGGCAUGACCCACCAAGCCAUCAUGAAGAUGAUAGCAGUCUGGGUCCUGGCCUUUGUCCUCUAUGGCCCUGCCAUCAUCUUCUGGGAGCUGGUGGUGGGGAAGAGCCGUGUCCCAGAGGAUGAGUGCUACGCUGAGUUCUACUACACCUGGUACUUCCUCCUCAGUGCCUCCAUGUUGGAGUUCUUCUCCCCCUUAAUCUCUGUAUCCUUCUUCAACCUCAGCAUCUACCUCAACAUACGUCGGAGGAGGCUCCGGAACAGAGAUGAGACAAGUGGACAGGCCCACGCGCCCGAUGGACAGCCCCCUUCCCUGGGGAGAGGGGAAUGCCUCCGCCUCACUUCCCUCUUCUCCCGGAACUCGGUAGUGGUUAAGAAGCUGUCUAGCACUGUGUCUGUCCAGGAGAGGGGAUCAGGCUCGGGUUCCUUCCACUCCCAGAUCUUCCAUCCCCCCUUGGAGCGGCAGGACACCUCCACUAGGGGCACCCAGCGCAGCUGCCUGUCAAGGGACAAGAAGAUUGCCAAGUCGCUGGCUGUUAUCGUGUGUGUGUUUGCUGUGUGCUGGGCGCCCUACACCCUCCUGAUGAUAAUCAGAGCCGCCUGUAAGGGGCGCUGCGUCCAGCACCAUUGGUAUGAGGUCACCUUCUGGCUGCUGUGGCUCAACUCGGCCAUUAACCCUUUCCUCUACCCGCUCUGUCACAGCAGCUUCCGCAGGGCCUUCAGCAGGAUCCUGUGUCCCAGACGGAGGUCAACUCAGCUGGCCACCAACUGACCUGCAGUAUGGCCAAUCACUUAAGGGCCUCUACUGUAUCAUGUGAUGGAUAGGCCAGUAGCCAGAGAGGUGGUGAUACACACAUGAAACACUUUACUGUACAUAGACCUAAAGGAGAUAAUCAAGACUAAAACUGAUACUUUAGCAAUGAACAUUUUUAAUGGAACAAAACAGAUUGUCUUGCAUGUGAUAGGCCAGUGGCCAGAGAAGUGGGGUGAAUCUCGAAAGCCAAAAUGAUUGUAAGAGAAGCACUUUACAUAGACUCAAAGGUGAUACUACAUAAACUCAAAGGCGAUACUACCCACUGGGCACAAACUGGUUGAAUCAACGUGGUUUCAACGUAAUUUGUCAACGUCUUGUGACGUGGAAUCUAAGUGGAAAAUACAAAAAGUCAUCAACUGUUGUUUUGAGGGUGAUAUUUCUACCACAGGAUUAUGUCGUCAUGGUAACCAGAUUUUAACAUAGACAAACCUUGUAUAAAAUAUGUACCAUUUUAAAAGAUCUUCAAUGUCAUAUACACUACCAAAAUAAGAAAAACAACAAUAGGCAGGAGAGCACCUCCUACUGGAGAAUGUAUUUCUGUACAGAUACCCUUUGGUCUCCUACCCAAGGUUUUAACAAAGCCCAGCCCUGCUUAGCUAUGAUAUUUGUCACUGACUCUUACCAGUGCGCUAUCAUGAGAAUGAUUUUUGCGAGUUCUCUACUUAAUAAUGAAAUAGAUUUGCUGUUGCUCUCAAAGUCAUUCCCGAAAGGGUAGGUUUUAUGUAGCAAAUGAAGAGACCAUACUUUAUCACUCAUGUACUGUAUCAUCAUUGAUGCUAUUUAGACCUAUAUACAGUAGAAUCUGUAAAGUCACCAACAGCUAAUGUUUCAGUUCAGUAGGCCUAGGCUCUCACUCUGGUUGGUUUGAAAUGUAAUGAUAUGUAGUGAUAUUGAAUUGUGUCUGGUUGUCAACGCAACCAAAUAUCAACAUUUGAAGGAGUUGUAUCUUCUUUUUGACUAUGUUCCAUCUGUGCCACUGACUUAAUUAAUCAUUUCUAUGUUUGAUUCAUGUCUCCAUCUCAACCAAAAAUCGAAGUUAAAGAAUAGGAUGGAGAUGGAGACUUGAAUCUAACAUGUACAUUAUUUGUAGAAUAACUGGAAUUGAAGCCAGACCAAGUCAAUGGUACAGUUGGAAUUUGUAUUUAUUAAGGAUCACCAUUAGCUUCCUCCAGAGCAGCAGCUACUCUUCCUGGGGUCCAGCAACAUUAAGGCAAUUAUAUACAAUUUAAAAUAUUACAUGACAUUACAUUUCAUAACACCUUUCACAACACAUUAAGCGUGUGCCCUCAGGCCACUACUCUACUAUCGCAUAUUUACAAUACAACAUCCAUGUGUACGUGUGUGUAGAGUGCGUGCCAUCUCUUCACAGUCCCCUGUUCCAUAGGGGGAACUUUAAAUCUGAUUGGCCUGCUUGCAUCAGUUACCUGAUGUGGAAUAGAGUUCCAUGUAGCCAUGGCUCUAUGUAGUACUGUGCGCCUCCCAUAGUCUGUUCUUGACUUGGGAUUGUGAAAGACCUUUUGGUGGCAUGUCUUGUGGCGUAUGCAUUUCUGAGCUGUGUGAUAGUAGUUUAAACAGACAGCUUGAUAUAUUCAGCAUGUCAACACUUCUUACAAAAACAAGUAGUGAUAAAGUCAAUCUCUACUCCACUUUGAGCCAUGAGAGAUUUACAUGCAUAUUAUUAAUGUUAUCUCUCCGAAAGCAGAAGAUAAAUCUCCUUAAAUUGUUGAUAUUUGGCUGUGUUGACUGCAGUGAUCACUUGCACCAUGUACUUUUAAAGUAAUCUCAACUGCAAUCCAGGUCAUUUGUUUCUGCCAUUAGAUGAAGCACAGUGAUAACACAUUAAUCUGUUGUAUACCGAAACAAAAUCUCAGACAUUGUUUUCUCAUUUGAACUUUGCUGUGUUUUUUUUUAAAGCAGUGAUAGGUUAUUAAACAAAACAUCUGACAUUGCUUUUCCAUUGGAAUUUGGUUGUUCUUUUAGAUGGUUGAAAGCAUAAUGAUAACAUGAUGUAAAUUCAACUAACUUUGGGCUGUGUUUUUGAGUGGGUGGAUAGGCCUAUAGGUUGUAAUCUCAUUGAUCAACUUCUUAACCAAAUAUUACAGUACCCAAUUAUCCACGUUGCAAUUACGUGGUGUUCCCAGGGGUAAUGAUCAAAUCUGAUAUUUUACCAAUGAACAUAUUGGAUAUAACAAAACAGAUUGUCAUAUUGACUGCUGUUUACAAAAGUGUAUUUGAAGAGUAGAUUUGAAUGUAUUAUGAGCAUGUGUAUGGCAGUGUUCGUUUUGUGAAGUCUGAAUUUUGUGCAAAUGUACAGUAUUCAUCAAAUUAUAUGGCACCAAGGUACUAUGUGGCCCAUGUGAAUUCAUGCUUGU